AGUAAUAUGAUGGGCUUAGAAGUAGCAGUGGAGGCAGCAGCUGAGUUCUUGAACAAAGCAGUAAAGCCAGUGCUUGUCGGUGGGCCAAAAAUGCGGGUUGCAAAGGCAUGCGAUGCUUUUGUUGAGUUGUCUGAUGCCUGUGGUUAUGCUGUCGCAGUGAUGCCAUCCGCUAAAGGGUUGGUUCCCGAACAUCAUUCACAUUUCAUUGGGACUUACUGGGGUGCUGUGAGCACGGCAUUCUGUGCUGAAAUGGUGGAGUCUGCUGAUGCAUACUUGUUUGCUGGACCUAUUUUUAAUGACUAUAGUUCUGUUGGUUAUUCUCUGCUUCUCAAGAAAGAGAAAGCGAUCAUUGUCCAGCCUGAUCGUGUGACUAUUGGGAAUGGACCAGCAUUUGGUUGUGUUCUGAUGAGGGAUUUCCUUGCUGCAUUAGCAAAGAGAUUAAAGCACAAUCCGACUGCUUAUGAGAAUUACCAUAGGAUUUAUGUUCCUGAGGGACAUCCUCUUAAAUGUGAGCCUAAGGAGGCAUUAAGGGUUAAUGUUCUAUUUCAACACAUUCAGAAUAUGUUGUCUGGUGACAGUGCUGUGAUUGCUGAGACGGGGGACUCAUGGUUUAAUUGCCAGAAGCUGAAAUUGCCACAAGGAUGUGGGUAUGAGUUCCAAAUGCAGUAUGGAUCCAUCGGUUGGUCUGUCGGUGCAACUCUUGGUUACGCACAAGCUGCACCUGAAAAGCGGGUGAUUGCUUGCAUCGGUGAUGGUAGCUUUCAGGUGACCGCUCAGGAUAUCUCAACGAUGCUGAGGUGCAGACAAAGGACCAUUAUCUUCUUGAUAAACAAUGGUGGCUAUACAAUUGAAGUUGAGAUCCAUGAUGGACCUUACAAUGUGAUCAAGAAUUGGAAUUACACCGGAUUAGUCGAUGCAAUCCAUAAUGGAGAAGGAAAAUGUUGGACAACCAAGGUUCGUUGUGAAGAGGAGCUGGUGGAAGCAAUUGAAGCAGCAAAUGGAGCCAAGAAAGACUGCCUAUGCUUCAUUGAAGUGAUUUUCCAUAAAGAUGACACUAGCAAAGAACUGCUUGAAUGGGGUUCAAGGGUCUCAGCAGCUAAUAGUCGUCCACCAAACCCACUGUAAAAUCUCUAGUUGUUCAAAAUAUGUAUUUACCUGGUUUGCUACAAAAAUGUUGCCACUAAUGUUGCCAUGUUUAAUUUCCGAGUUCCUAGGUUCCCCGGGGGUAUUCCACUA